CUGCUGCUGCUGCCCCUGACCCUGCUGUGGGCAGGGGCCCUGGCUCAGUCAGGAUCCUACAUACAUGCUGCAAGUACAGGAGUUGGUGACGGUGCAGGAGGGCCUGUGUGUCUACGUGCCCUGCAAUGUGUCCUACCCCCAGGAAGGCUGGACUGAGUCUGACCCAGCUUAUGGCUUCUGGUUCCUGGAAAGAGCUUAUAAAUUCCAGUAUGCUCCAGUGGCCACAAACAAACCAGAUCGUAGAGUGCAGGAGGGGACCCAGGGCUGAUUCCUUCUCCUUGGGGAUCCCAGGAACUACAGCUGCUCCCUGGACAUCAGAGACGCCAGGAAGACAGAUGGUGGAUCAUACUUUUUUCGGGUGGAGAGAGGACGUAGUAUGAAAUUUUCUUUCACAGAUUACAAGCUCACCUUGAAUGUGACUGCCCUCAACCACACACCUGAUAUCCUCAUCCCUGGGAACCUGGAGUCUGGCUGCCCCAUGGACCUGACCUGCUCUGUGCCCUGGGCAUGUGAGCGGGGCACGCCCCUCCUCUCCUCCUGGACGUCAGCUAUUCACCCCUCCCUGGUCCCCAUGACCCACAAUUCCUCAGUGCUCACCCUCACUCCACAGCCCCAGGACAAUGGUGCCACCCUGACCUGUGAGGUGACCUUGCCUGGUACCAGAGUGAUCAUGAGGACUAUCCAUCUCAAUGUGUCCUACUCUCCACAGAACUUGACUGUAACCCUCUUCCGAGGAAACAGCUCAGCAUGCACAGUCCUGGAGGGUGGUUCAUCUAUUGAAGUCAUGGAGGGUGAAUACCUGCGUCUGGUCUGUGGAGUCGACAGCAACCCCCCUGCCAGGCUGAGCUGGACACAAAAGAACUGGAUCCAGAGCUCCCCUGAGCCUGGGGCCCUGGAGCUGCCCAGAGUGCAGGUCGGAGAUGCAGGGAAACUUACCUGCCAGGCCCAGAAUCCUCAGGGCUCCCUGCACCUCUCUGUGAACCUCCUUCUGCCCAGUGAGUGCACCAGGGGACUGGGGAGGGGCUGGGGGAAAUCAGCACCCACUGCACCCUCACAAUCACCCACCAUCCCCUGAACUUCCGAGGGCAGCUCAGCUCUGGCCUGGGCAAGGCUGUGAAGCCUGAAAUUUCUGUGGGAACCAAAGUGUUCCUGUUUUCUCCCCGCCUGGCCAUGACUGUGGACUUGAGUGGAGGUUGGGAGGGAGAAGCAAGAAGAUGGAGGUGGAUCUUGAGAAAGGGGAUGGGGCUGGGACACGUGUUUCUUGGGGAACAAAGUCUUUGCUUUUCAGGCUGGGUUGUGGAUCAGGCCAGUGAGACCCUGAUAAACCAAGGAAACCUCAGCA